AUGGCCUCUUUCGUGGAAGAGCUGUGGUCGAGCGUCUUCACGCCAGGCCCCACCCCAACACUGUUGAUCGCAACAAAUGCCUCCUUCGCCGCACUCCAGCUUGUCUUCUUCGCCCUCCUCUUAGCCACCUAUAGCAUCCACUUUGUCGUUCUCUCCUUCUUGAGCGCCGGUCUAUGGUACUCCAUCAACUGGUUCGCGCGUGAAGUAAGCGCCGUGCAGCGAGCACAGGAAGCUGAAAAGAAAGCACAGGCCGAGGCAGAAACAACCGGAUCCGAGAGGAAGAAGGAUUCCGUGGACAGUGCCGACAGUGAAACAGAGACCGAGUCUUUGGCUGGCCAGAAGCCCACCGCUGUGACAACUGGAAGUGCCGUGUCUGCGAGACUUCAGCCGACCGAGGAAGAUCCUAAAAAGCGCAUCAGUGCUGGUGGCGAUAGCUCUGGAUAUGGCAGCACUGAUAGCGAGUGGGAGAAGGUCGAGGAUAACUAG